AUUGAGGACCCCAAUGAAAAUAAGUUAGACAGUCCUCGAUGACGCACUGACUUUCUUGGGUUAUCCUGGGUGGCUAACCCUCCGGGGUUAAAAAUCCGAACGAAAUCUUAUCUUAUUCCCGGACUCCCAGGAGGUUGGGCUGAGUACAUAACACUCCAGGAUGCAUUUAGAAGCCCAAGCUAUUGUAUUAGCAGCAGGUCCAGGGAUGAGGAUGACCACAUUGACUAACCAUACUCCUAAGUGCCUGCUGCCUUUGGGCACGCUCCCCAUGGUUUGCUACCCACUGCAGCUGCUGCAGGAAGCUGGCUUCUCAGAUGUAACAGUGGUGGUGAGUGAGGGAGAGGAACAAAGGAUGAGCAAGGUGGUAGAACAGUACAAUCUCAAGCUCAACCUGGACAUAGCUUCCGUUAACACCUCUCAUGACCCAGGCACUGCUGACUCCCUCAGACAUGUGGCAUCAAAGAUUAAGUGGAGCAUUGAUGAUGUUGUGAUUGUAUCAAGUGACUUGGUGACUGAUGUUAAACUUCAACAAAUCAUGGAUCGCCAUCGAUCAAGUGGUGCUGCCCUUACCAUGCUCACGGCCAACAAUCAGCCAGAGUUCACUAAGGCAACACCUCCGGGACCUAAAACUAAACCUACAUUUAAUAGUGAUGUCAUUUGUACGGAGAGUGGGACUGGGCGGCUGAUGUAUGCUGUAGCUGGGGGUGACUAUGAUGAAGUUAUAACCCUGCAUAAUCGUGUUUUGAAGAGUGCCACUUCCCUUGAUGUAUCAACAUCUGUGGUUGAUGCUCACCUCUACAUCAUGAAGCGAUGGCUUGUUGAAUAUAUCCUCAGUAAAGAAUCAUCUUGUGGAGACAUGGGCUCACUCAAGGCAGAGAUCCUCCCUCACAUUAUCUCCCGGCAAUUCAUGAAGGAACCCACCAAGGAGCGCAGUGAUAGGAAACUAGAUAUCCAUGAUGUAAUGGAAAAGGAAGAAUAUGAUGAUUUGGUGAGAAAAUACAACAGCAGUGUGGUAUUGUCAAGACACCAUAAUUCCUGCCAGCUAGACUCUAGAGUGUGUUAUGUCUAUCAUUAUCAAGGCUGCUGUGUCAGGGCAAACACCCUCAACUCAUAUUGGGAACUUAAUAGAAGGAUGCACUCCCUGUUUGAGGAAGUUUACCCAAACUCAACAUGGAGCAUCAAACAUCCAUCUGCAGAUAUCCAGGAGAGAGCUCAAGUGAGUGACGACAGUUUAAUUGGCUCUGGGUCUGUUAUAUGCGAGAAGACCAAUAUAACAAAUUCUGUCGUAGGAAACCACUGCCGUAUUAACCCCUUCGUUCGUUUACUAAACUGUGUUUUGGGUGAUCACAUCACUAUUGCAUCAGGAUGUGUGAUAGAAAACAGUUUGAUUGCUGCUAAUGUGGAGAAGAAAUGUACCAUUAAAAACUGCAUUGUAACUGACCCAAACAAGAUUGAGGAAAACAAAACCUACAUGAAUGAAAUUCUGGAAGCAUCACAAGAUUUUGCAUAGUAGCAGGGAGAACUGGAAGAUGAACACCGCAAGUACACGAAGUCCCCAUCUUACAAAUACCAAAGUUCUCAACAUCCACACUGAGGAAUGGGGCACCUGGAAGUCAAUUCAGUCUGUAAAAAUCUGCAAUUAAUAACACGUGUGAAUCAUAACUAUCCUUUAUACUAUUAUUUUCUGUUUGAAAAUAUGUUCCAAACAUGAAGAAUAAAGUCACAAUAUUGUGGCUGGAACAGUGCUCAAAUAACCCAUACUUAGGAGACAAACUUAUGACAACAUGAGGGCAUUGACUCCCCUCCAGAUAUACUCCAGGUAACGUUUUGGUCUGACUUGUUAAUGGUCGAAGUUGGACCGAAAUAUCGUUGUAAGUUUUGGUCUCCUAAGUACAGGUUAUUUGUGUAAUGUUUCAGAUUUGUAAGUUGAAACCAUAAGUAUACUCCUUGUUCAUGAAUUAGGAACUCCCUGUAUGUCAACCUUGAAACUUCAUUUUGAUGUAGUAUGUACUACUUUAUAUCAUAUUCAGAUAUGCUCUUACUUAAAACUGUGCUUUGUAACACUGGAAAUAAAAUCAUCAUGCUUUCCAUCUGUAUAACUGUAUAUUUUAUAUUUUACCUUUGUAAUUGUAAACUAGGUUAAACAGAUAAAGGAGAGCAUUUUA